GGGUUCUUGCGUAGUAGUGUCUUCAGUUGUAUAAGUUUCAUCCUAAACCAAACUCUUUUGUUCAAUUAAUUAAAGCAUAAAAAGCUUUUUAAUCACGAAAAACCAAAGAAAGAAAGAAAACAACAAGCAUGUUCAGUUGCUUUGGACGCAAGAAGAGAUCGAUUUACCGAAAAAUUGUGAUUCUGGGUGAUGGUGCUGCUGGAAAAACUAGUCUUUUAAAUGUGUUUACGAAGGGCUACUUCCCUCAAGUAUAUGAACCUACUAUAUUUGAAAACUAUAUUCACGAUAUAUUUGUGGACGGAAAUAGCAUAGAACUUUCCUUAUGGGAUACAGCUGGUCAAGAAGAGUAUGAUCAAUUACGCUCGUUAUCAUACUCUGACACGCAUGUCAUUAUGAUUUGUUUUGCUGUUGACUCGCCGGACUCUUUGGAAAAUGUCAUCUCAAAAUGGUUGCCGGAAGUUGCUAGUAAUUGUCCGUCAGUAAAGCUUGUUUUAGUUGCUUUAAAAUGUGAUUUGCGCGGUGCAGAUGACGACCAACCAAACUCCACCAGAAUUAUAGGCUACGAAGAGGGUCUUGCAGCAGCAAAAAAGAUCAAUGCUGUUCGCUACCUCGAAUGUAGCGCAAAACUGAACAGAGGCGUCAACGAGGCAUUCACAGAAGCAGCACGGGUAGCUUUGGCUGCUCAACCACGAAGUGCAAAAGACAAUGCUGAUAAUUUUCAUAACACUGGUUGUAUUAUCUGCUAAGUUUGGUCACUGGAAGGCAUUUUUCUAAUGUACUAUAUUAUAAUUCGUCCCUCCCUUUACAUACUUGUUUUAAAUAACUGUAUAGAAUCCUUUUCGUUCCCUUUUACAGGCUAGAAUUUUUAGCUUCCCCCUGUUAGUUGCCAUAUUUCCCUUUCUUGUCAUCUCCAAAAAAAGUUUUUUUAUAGGACAUUCGACUUGCUGCUAUCCGCCUUUCACUCUUUUAUUAUUUUCAAUAUCUUAUAUUGACACAGUACAUGGCUUUUUUCUGCGUUUUGGCCAUUCUAUUGCAUUUUCCUUGACUGAAGUAGGCAUAUAUGCUCUGUCACCAAACCAACAAGCUAUAGUAUAUAGCGUUGCCUCGCUGUUAUCAUACUUCCGGGUUUUUAUGAACUUCACUCCUUUUUCUACGAUUCGUGUUUAUUUCUUUUUUUAUUGUCGAUAUGGGAUUUAUUUAAUUAAAGUUGUUAAUUUCUUC